AUGUACCGUCAAGUGCUGGUAUCAGACCAGGAUCAGCCGUUGACUCGAAUAGUCUGGCGCGAUCAUCCGGAUCUUCCGCUGAAGAUUUACCAGUUACUCACCGUCACCUACGGCACCAGUUGUGCCCCGUUCUUGGCGAUCAGGGUUUUGCAGAAGCUUGCCGACGACGAAGAACAGCGAUUCCCGCUGGCAGCUCUUGUGCUCCGCCGCGACUUCUACGUGGACAACCUGCUGACUGGCUCCAACGACACGUCGUCUCUCGCCACUACCUGCAAGCAGCUCAUCGCGAUCCUGGCAUCUGCAGGCCUUCCGCUACGGCAAUGGUCAUCCAAUAAUCAGACUGUGCUUGAUGCCAUUCCGCCGGAGCUCCGGGAGACUGAAACACUGCUCGAUUUGGACCAUGAAGCCUCCGUCACCACGCUCGGUUUACGCUGGGAGCCUGCCACCGACCUUCUGUCCUUCAAGCAGCCGAAGUGGAAGGAAUAUUCCACACUUACGAAGCGGGAGAUUCUAUCACAGAUCAGCAGUCUGUUCGAUCCGCUUGGACUUAUUGGUCCGACCAUCUCGAAGGCGAAAAUCCUUCUCCAAAGUUUGUGGAAGCUCCACCUCGACUGGGACACACCCGUUCCUCCGGCAGUCGUCAGUGAGUGGCUGGAUAUUCAGCAGAAAUUCACCGGCCUUGUGCACCUGCGGAUUCCCCGGCACGUCCUCAGACCCGGUUACGCACGUUUGGAAGUCCAUGGCUUCAGUGACGCUUCGGAGGCCGCCUACGGUGCUUGCUUGUUUCUCCGUUCCAUCUCUUCCGCUGGAUCCUGCACUGUUCGGCUGCUGCUGUCGAAGUCGAAGGUGGCACCAGUCGACACGAAGUCGAUCCCGCGCUUAGAGCUCUGCGCGGCUCACCUGCUCGCCAAACUCCUGGCCCAUGCCAUGGAUUCCGUCGAGAUCUCCGCCACGGUCUACCUGUGGACCGACUCUACCAUAGUGCUGGACUGGCUCGCCGCAACACCGUCAUCGUGGAAGACGUUUGUGGCAAAUCGCGUGGCUGAAAUACAGGACCUCACCACACACGCGGUCUGGAGUCACGUUCCGUCGAAGGACAAUCCGGCCGAUCUCAUCUCUCGCGGUAUGACCCUCGACGAGCUCGCAUCGCAGUCUCUUUGGUGGCACGGACCAGCCUGGCUUGGUGCACUGGACAUUCCGUGGCCAGCCAAGUAUGCAACGUCGAAAUCGACCAGUCUCGAAGCCCGCAAGAUCAUCGCUUUUUCCGCCGUCGGGGAUGACUCGUCCUGCGAUCUAGUUCUCCGCUACUCCAGUCUCCGUUCGCUGCUUCGGAUCGGCGCCAUCAUUCGUCGGUUCCGAGACAACUGCUUCCGCCACAAGAACCAGCAGGAACGUGUUGUCGGCCCUCUGACCGCAACUGAAAUCGACCAGACACUGCUCGCCUUGAUCCGUCAGGCUCAGUACGAGCACUUUGAGAAGGAAAUGCGACAACUGUCCUCCAAUGCGAAUGUGGACCGAAAAUCCAAACUUCGGUUUCUGAAUCCACAGUUGGUGGACGGUGUGAUCCGCCUCGGCGGCCGGUUGCACAACGCUUCUAUUCCGAACGACGAGAAGUACCCAAUCCUUUUGCCGGCCAAGCAUCGUUUGACCGACCUCAUCAAGUACUGGCCUCUUGGCGGCCGGAACCUGGUUCGGAAGAUCGUCCACCAGUGCGUAACGUGCGCCCGCGCUCGACCAAAGCCGCUCGAGCAGCUGAUGGGCCAACUUCCUCCGGUGCGAGUCACUCAGGCGUAUCCUUUUGAAAACGUUGGCAUAGAUCUCGCCGGCCCGCUCUACGUGCACCCGGCCAUCCGAAGUCGCAACUCUCCUCUGGCCAAGAUGUAUAUCGUCGUGUACGUCUGUCUAGUGACUAAGGCGGCUCACCUCGAUCUUGUAUCCGACCUCACCACCGAAGCAUUCAUCGCGAGCCUCCGGCGAUUCGCCAGCCGGAGAGGCAGGCCAGUGCACAUCUACUGCGACAACGCCACCAACUUCGUUGGCGCUAGAAGGGAGUUGAAGGAGCUCCACAAGCUGUUCCUAUCCCAACAACAUAAAGAGUCCGUAGCACGCGAGUGUGGGGAUGAUGGAAUCCAGUUCCAUUUCAUUCCGCCGCGAUCGCCAUCAUUCGGUGGCAUCUGGGAGGCUUGCGUGAAAUCCGUCAAGACCCUUCUUCGAAAGAUCCUCGGCAAUGCUCACCUCACGGAAUCGGAACUCCAAACCGCUCUCGUGCAAGUUGAGGCAAUGCUGAAUUCACGCCCUAUCACCCCGCUGCCGGACGAUCCUUCCGAGGAACGCGCCCUCACACCAGGGCACUUCCUGAUCGGUAGACCGCUGAACGCGAUACCCGAUCCCGACCUUCAGGACGUCCCAGAAAACCGUCUCUCUCGCUACCAAAGAGUACAGCAGCUCGCUGGACACUUUUGGUCUCGGUGGCACAAGGAGUACCUAGCCACCCUGCAAAUCCGGUACCGCUGGACUGAAGCGCUCGACAACCUCGCCGUCGGCUCCAUCGUCGUCCUCAAAGAGGAGAAGAUUCCGCCACUCAAGUGGCCUCUUGGACGUGUGGUCAGCGUCCAUCCCGGCUCUGACGGACGAUUGAUCCUGCCACCGUCGUCGUUGAUGCCUCGGAUUCGCCAGACGUUGACCAUCGCUCAGGGAACAGAGCCGCCGGACGUGAUCCCGGCCCUUGCUCGGGAAACAGAGCCGCUGGACGAGAUCCCAGCCCUUGCUCAGGGAACAGAGUCGCCGGACGAGUUCCCGGUCCCUACUCGGGGAAAUGAGUCGCCAGACGAGUUCCUGGCCCAUGCUCGGGGGUAUCGAGCGGUUCCUGGAGCAUCUGUAAAGAGUUAA